AUGGCUUCCAAAUCUAACAGUCGUCCCGUCAAUGUCUUAUUCGUCUGUCUAGGAAACAUUUGCCGGUCCCCUAUGGCUGAAGGCGUCUUCCGCAAUUUGGCCAAGGGGAAUCCCGCUAUCGGCGAAAUUGACUCUGCUGGUACCGGGGCCUAUCACAGCCUCGAGCCCCCGGACUACCGCACAAUGGAGACGCUCAAGCGCCAUGGAAUCACCAACUACAACCAUGCUGCUCGCAAGGUCACUAGAGAGGAUUUCUUGAAGUUCGACUAUCUGCUAGCUAUGGACGAAUCCAACCUGGACAACUUGCUGCACACUCGAAAGUCGGUUAUGACGUCACUGGGCAAAAAGUCCGAGCCCCAAUCCUUUGCUAAAAAUACUCGUUCGGCUACUGAGAAUGCUAUCAGGGAACAUGGAGCGGACACGAAAGUUGCCCAGGUCCGACUCUUCGGUGACUUCGGUCCAGGGGGAGAGCUGCACGAUGCAAUUGGCGGAGGCGAGGUUGUCGAAGACCCAUACUACGGUGGCUCCAAGGGAUUUGAAAAUGUCUACAAGCAAGUGACACGAUUUUCUCAGGGUUUCCUCGACUACGUGACAAAGGCCGACAAAUAA